AUGGCUGGUACGUCUGGCAACGAGAGGAGGGAAAGCGGGAAUGGUGGGGUAUCGGAGGAAAUCUUGCAUCGUGACACCUGCCGCAUCCUCGCGCAGCAUCGGAAAGUGAGCUGCGCCGGCUGUAGCCAUCAACCCGACCGUCAAUACGUCUCCUCUUGUCGUCCAAUCGGCCGAAACUCUCCGCCACCGCCUGCUGAGCACCGAGAGCCUGUUGGUGUGACUGGCCGACUGGCAUCGGUGACGCCGACUGGCAAAAAUUCCAGUGACAGAACAGAAGAAGCUCUACUUCCAGCCUCAGGUGGCAGAAGUGGGCACUCAAGUGAAGAUGAAGCCGUACAGAAGGACGAAGAACACAAGAUUACCGUCACCACCGAGUAUGCCGUGAACCAAAAGGGUUGUUGUCAAACCAAAAGUGUCUGGCUUGCAGUCGUCUGA